AUGAAUUUAGCCAGUGCUCCUGGGAGAGCCGACCUCACUUCCGCUCACGGUCCGGCCGAGGACUACUCCCCAGUGACCGACGGCUGUGGCGGCUUCGUUGAUAUUGGUACCCUCUCAGGCAACCAUGGCCAAGCGCUGCGUCUCCAAACGGAAGACCUCCAUGGCGACGAACUGAUCGGUGUCAGCUUGAGUCGCGUCCAGACGCAGAUGAGAUCGCCAGAUACACCGGCGUCCGAGAAAGCGAGAGCGCUAGGCUUAACGAUCGAGUACUUUCGAAGAAUGUUCAGCAUGGCUGAGGAUCGCGACCAGGAUAACGACGCAGACGGAGCAAACAAUACUCAAACCGGUGCCCUGGCGUCCGAGGAGGCGGGAGCCCCAGGCUUGACGGUCGAGUACCUUCAACGGAUGCUCAGCAUAGGUGAGGAUGCCGACCAUGGUAGUGACGCAGGCGAAGCAAAUGAUACACAACCCCGUACAAGGCUAGGCAGUUACAGGCCACCAGCAAUCUUCCAAAGCAGUCCCGGGAGUUCCGCAUCCCCCGAGGCAGUGGAUAGGAGGUCCUGGUCAAGAGAGUCGCUAUCGUCCUAUCGGCAAGAACGGAUCUAUGGCAAAACUGUCGAUCAUUCUGACAUCUCCUUUCAAGCGACGCACCCUUCACAGAUCCAGGUGGAAGAUUCACAUGCAUUUCAGCCUUAUCAAUACCGGUUCCCACCGCCACCCACCCGGAGACCGCCAUCCCCACCCGUGCGAGACCACAUUCCUCAGCAGCCUCGACACUCCGAAACCGACGUCUCGCAUCUUGUAGGCGGUGGAGAUAGCUACGACAACUCACAUCCUUCGCGGCGGUCCAUUACAAAGAGCAUUCUUGGCGGAGUUGCCAGUGGACGACGACGAAGUCUGUCGGGCCCACUAGCCAACCUUCGCAGGUUGCUGCCAGAACUACCUUCAGCAAACUUCGACAAGAGUCCAAGUUCCCUAUCUUUUCCGAACAGUAAGGACUCUGGCCAGCGAACCCCAACUAGCGGUGAAAACACUCCAAUGACCAGGAGUUUUCGGUUCUCUAUCCGAGAACCACUGCAGCGAUGGGGAACAGGCGAUUUUUCCGGCAGCACGCAGCCAGGACAAUCGUCAGUUCGAGAUGAAUUUACUAUAUCCCGGGGCCAGGUGGAUGGCAAUGUGGAGUCCCUCCUUUCGCCAUCCAGCCCGGCAUUGAACCUCAGUCGUGCGCGGUCUAAUUCGGAGAGCUCGCUCUUCAUAAGAAGGAGAGUCUCUGGAGCGUCCGCUUUUGAUGAUAUUAGUGCCUUUGCCCAUGUAACCGAUCUGGCCAACUCGAGGCUCAAAGCCAUCACAGAUAGCUUUCAGAAUUCCACGAUAAAGUUACCGCGGCUUCCAGCAAUUCGACCUGGUGCGAGACGGCGGGCAUCACCAGGGCGGGCGAGUAGCGAGGCGUCACGCGAAAUCGAUGAUGUUGCCACUGGGCCAGGGCACGCUCCAGGCCGUCCACAUCCUUCAAUGAAGACAAUGCGGAACGCAGCCAAGAGCAUCGAAGUGGAAACGCCCCAGCAACGAGCUCACCCUGUGCUGUCUGAGGCAUUGGCUAAGGCCGAGGGCGACAUUGUUAUACUUGGUGGCUACAGGGGGUCAAUCCUGAGAUCGGCCAAACCGCCUCAUCGACAACUCUGGGUGCCCAUCAAGGUCGGCCUCAACCUACGCAAAGUGGACCUUGAGGUGGGCCUCACACGGGAGGACGAAGAGCGGAUGGAACAGACGGUCAUCCCAGACGGCAUUCUUUCACAUAUCGGGCCAAUUGAUAUCUGCAGGAGGCUUCUUAAGCACAUGAGAAAAUGCCCGAAUGCUCGCGACAACAAGCUCAGAGUCCAUAACUGGGGCUAUGAUUGGCGAUUGAGUCCUGACUUGCUCAGUGGGAAAUUGAUAAAAUUCUUGGAAUCGCUCGAGUCCAACCAUCCUGAGACGCCACGGAGAAUGCGAGGAGCGAUUGUUAUUGCACACAGCCUUGGUGGUUUGAUUACGCGACACGCGGUGAAUCAGCGUCCUGAACUCUUCGCCGGUGUGGUCUUUGCUGGGACUCCGCAACAUUGUGUCAAUAUCCUAGGACCUCUGCGGAACGGGGACGAUGUCCUUUUGAGUUCCAGGGUACUCACUGCACAAGUCAACUUCACCAUUCGGACCAGUUUUGCCCUGCUGCCAGAAGAUGGCCGUUGCUUCAUCGAAAAGCAUACUAACAAAAGAUUCGAUCUGGACUUUUUUGACCCACAGACCUGGGACGAGUACCGACUAUCUCCCUGUAUCAAUCCUCCGCUAGAUCACAGAAUCAAAGGAAAAGAUGAUGGUAGGAAGAGCAUUAUGGACCAUCUCUCCGAUAGCAUUACCGGAACUGCUAGGCGUAGUUCAUGGCUUGGGGGUGGAGCUUCUCAGGGACAACUAUCGCAACAUGCAGAGGCUAGAGAACCCUUGGACGGACUCGGUCAGCGAAUGAACGACAAGGCGUUGGAGGCUGAGCAAGAUAUUGAGGGCAAUGCGGAGGGCAUGGUUGGGAUGUCCAUGAAGCAGACACACCAGCGACCAAGCGUGGCGACUGCCGUGACGAUUCCGAAAGACGUUGCAAUGGACUAUCUGGAUCGUACGUUGGCCGAGGUUUCAGUCUUCAAGCAGCAGCUCAAAUUCAAUCCAAGCCAUCAGGCGAGCAAUGUCUACCCACCGCAUGCGAUCAUCUUCGGCAAGACAGUGCCCACUGUGUACGGAGUGCGAGUGGUCAACAAGGAAGCGAUCAAAUACACCGAAGCAUUUGAUGACCUGGCUUUUGCAGCCGGCGACGGGGUGGUACUCGCAAGUGCGGCACAGCUGCCAGACGGAUAUCUGUGCGUCAAAGGAGGCCGAGUGGAGAGCGACCGCGGCCAUGUUGGGAUCAUGGGGGAUCUUGAAGGAAUGGGACGCUGUAUCGGGGCUGUGAUUGAUGCCAGAUUGAAAGGGGUCGGACUGGGCAAAGAGUAUGCGCGCACCAGUUUGGAAAUGAGCGACGUUGUCGAAGGAUGA